CUCUCGGUCUCUCUGUUUUUUCAUGUCAAGAAUGAAAAUCUUGUUAAUUGUUGACUACACCCUGAGAUUUUAGUUUCAAUUUAAUUGUGUUCAAUUCAACUCGCUGAAUCUUCAUCUCUCUCGCUCUCUUUUUUCAAAGGACAGGAAGAAAAAAGAAAGACAAGAUCAACCCUAAAAAUGGACUAUUUAACUAAAGAGGAAGAACAGGUAGCCAAAGAGUUUCAGCGGAUUAUUAAUGAUCUUCGAUCGCAACAUGAUGCCAACCCAAUGUCACCCAGUACAGCUUUAAAAUUUUUGAUGGCUCGUAAAUUUGAUUUGAACAGAUCACUUGCUCUAUACGACGCCCAUGAAUCGACUCGUUUUCGUGAAGGUUUAACCAAUUUUGAUCCUGACAAAGAACCACUUAAAUCAGAACUAGAGAGUGGUAAAUUCACCAUUCUUCCCAAAAGAGAUAAUAACGGAGCGGCCAUUGCCAUGUUCACCGCUUGUAAACAUUUACCAGAUUUAACCUCACACCAAAUAACAUUACAAGGAGUCGUCUAUCAACUUGAUAUUGCUCUGGAAGAUAUUGAAACCCAGCGAAAUGGAAUUAUAUUUAUCUACAAUAUGUCUCACUCUCGUUAUGCCAAUUUUGAUUAUGAACUGAGUCAAAAAAUAUUAGGUCUCUUGAAAGGUGCUUAUCCGGCCCGAUUGAAAAAAGUUUUAAUUGUGACUGCACCUUUAUGGUUUAAAGCUCCAUUUGGGAUAUUACGUCUUUUUGUUAGAGAGAAACUUCGUGAUCGUGUAUUUAUGAUAAAUAUGCAUCAACUUUCUGAUCAUAUCCCAUCUUCAUGUUUACCAAUUGAAUCGGCUGUUGAUCAUUUAGCUUGGUUAAACCAUUGUCGAACCCUUCAACCUAAAAUAAUCAACGAUCUACACGAUUUAGCCAGUCAAAAGUAUCCAUUGUGUACAUCUAAUGCUCUCACCAAUGGAUUAAUUGAGAGCAGUAACAACAGUGCUUUAAGUAAAUCAGACUCCAAUGAAUUAAACAGUAAUGCCAGUGAAGAUGAAGAUAAAUUAAGAUCCUCAUGGAUGGGUGAUUCACCCAUUGUAGAUACAUCAUCAUCUUCUCAUCGUUUAAAUACACCAAACAAGGAUGAUAAUAACUCAAACCGUCGAGAUGGUCGUAAUGGUGUUAAUAAACCUAAACCAGAAAACAUUGUGAUGCCAAAUAAUAAUCAAAACAAAUCUAAUAAUGAAGAUGAUUCUAAUAAUGUCAGUGACAACAGUGACAACAAUUCACCUAAAUCAAAAGGAAUGACCUUAGAAGAAUUUAUUUCCUAUUUAAAGACAAAAGGACGUAAAGGUUUAUGUGAAGAAUAUAAUGAAAUCAAAAUGAAAAUACCCGAUGGAACUUUUGAUUAUUCAAGAUUACGUUCUAAUCAAGUUAAAAAUCGUUACACUGAUGUACUUUGUUAUGAUCAUAGUCGCGUUCAAUUGACAACAACCUUAUCCUCCGACAAUGAAAUCGAUAUUCAUGAUCCUACUUCAGAUUAUAUCAAUGCUAAUUAUGUUGAUGGUUAUAAACAAAAGAAUGCAUUUAUCUCAACUCAAGGACCGUUGCCAAAAACAUAUACAGAUUUUUGGAAAAUGAUUUGGGAACAACAAGUUUUACUAAUUGUGAUGACAACUCGAACCGUUGAAAGAGGAAAAGUUAAAUGUGGCCAAUAUUGGCCAUUGGAAAUUAACGAAUCCAAUGAAUUGAAACCUUUUCGUAUAACAAAUAAUGAUGUUCAAUAUUUUACAGAUUAUAACAUAUCUAGAUUAACUCUGGUCAAUCUGGAGACCCAACAAACUAGGAAAGUGACCCACAUGCAGUUUUUAAGUUGGCCUGACUAUGGAGUUCCACAUUCGGCCUAUGCUAUGCUUCAUUUUCGUAAUAAAGUGAGAGAAGAACAAGCAAAAGGUUUAACCGAACUCGGUGAAUCUUGGACUGGUCACCAAUUAGGUCCACCCAUUGUUGUCCACUGUAGUGCUGGAAUUGGUAGAACUGGAACUUUCAUCACUUUAGACAUUAGCAUUAACAAAUUGGAAGACACUGGAAUGAUUAAUAUAAGAGAAAUUGUUGAACGGAUUCGAUCUCAGAGAGCUUAUAGUAUUCAAAUGCCAGAACAAUACGUUUUCUGCUACUUGGCUUUACUGGAAUACGCUUUGAGUCGUGGACUCCUCGAGAAUGCUGAUAUUACUUUCGAUGAAAGUGAAUCCGAUUGAUUGAUUAAAUUAACAUUAUUCAUCUCAAUACACAUUUACAUAGCCGAUCAUCAACACCCAAAAGGAAAGUCAAAAUCUCACAAAAUGGAAAUAGAAUCAAAGACAAUUUUCUUCAAUCAAACGAAAACAAAGUCAACAGAUGAACCAAUAACUGUAAAAAAAAAUUAAACUCAACCUACUCUCAUACAAAAGCAUCUGACAAACAGAAACUUUUCAUCAUCAAUCCAAAUACCAAGGAAAACCAUACCACCUCUAGAAAUGAUAAUUAUAACAACAAUACAGAUAUACAAUUAACAAUUAUAAUAAUAAAUUGGCCAACAAAAUUUAAUCCUGUUUGCGUAAACAGGAAAAGGAAAAGGAGGAAAUGUAUUGUAAUCAUUGUGAAUAUAUUACAACAGAUGACUUAUUAUGAUUAUCGAUGAAAACUGAACCUGCAACAAACAAAAGCAAUAGGAAAACAAGAAAUGAUUUAAUUUUCUCAGUGUCUACAAUUAACUCGCAACAAAAAGCAAACAUCUCUCUCCCAUUAUCUUCUUGCUCUCUCCAUCUCUCUCUCUCUCUUAUCCAAAAUCCGAAUCUGAAAAUUAACGGUAACAUAUCUAAAAGAAAGAAAUGUAAAUUUAAUGUUGAUCCUCUGAAGAUGUUUUUUUUUGAAUAAUUAAUGAUAUGUUUCGUUCUCAAUAUCUUCAUCUAAUCUCACCAAGAAAAACUCCUUUAUAUACAUUGAAAGAAAUAAAUCUACAGAAUUUAUCUUGAAACGAUAA